AUGGCCCCUUCACUUCUGGAACCCGUCGAGGACGCAUCGUCCACUUCCAAGACCAAGCAUGGUUCGGGUGAUCCCUCUCUGGCCUUUGUCCGGGACUCGGAGACGGCGCCGCCGACGUUUGAGGACAAGCUGGAGGAGCGCAAAUUCUUAAAGCACAGACUCGCCCUCGCCUUUAGAAUUUUUGCUCGUUUGGGCUUUUCCGAGGGCGUCGCUGGACACAUUACCGUGAGGGAUCCCAUCGAGCCUACCAGUUUCUGGGUCAAUCCAUUUGGCAUGCACUUUUCGCUCAUAACCGACGAUGAUUUAAUCCGGGUGGAUCACGGCGGCAAGGUGGUCGAGAGUGGCGGUAAUGACCGACUGAAUUAUGCGGCCUAUGCCAUCCAUGCCGAAAUACACAAAGCUCGACCCGAUGUGCUAUGUGCCGCUCACAGUCAUAGUGUCUAUGGUCGCGCCAUGUGCGCUACGGGCAGGUCACUAGAUAUGCUUACGCAGGAUUUCUGCACCUUUUACAAUGAUCAUGCUCUUUAUCCAAACUUUGCCGGUGUCGUUCUUGCAACCCAAGAAGGCAAAGACAUUGCGGCUUGUCUCGGCAAUAAAAAGGCGGCGCUGUUGGGCAACCAUGGACUGCUGACGGCAGGCCCGACUAUCGAGGCGACCGUGUCCUGGUUUGCUCUCAUGGAAAGGUGCUGCCAGGUUCAGCUAGCAGCCGAUGCAUCAUCGGCUGGAACGGGCAAGCCGCUUGUGACUAUUGGACACGACGAGGCAAAGAACACGUGGGAAGCCAUUGGUGGUGGUGAUGAGGGUUAUUUCCAGGGACUCCCUCUUUUCCAGGUCGCUGAGCGUGAGUUUGGCGAGAGGACAUAUCUUGGUAGAGGCUUGCGCCCUGUGUAG